CCCGGUCAGUGCGGCGGUGGCCUGAGCAUCCAUCGCGUGGCCGUGCCACUCAUCGCCGGGCCGGGCCGAGACAGGACGAGCGCCUCCCCUGCGGGCACACGAGCGAGGGGCCGCGAGUCCCACGGGCAGUGCUGCGUCGCCCCGGGAGAGCCCGCCCCGAGCCAUGUCCCGGCCCGCGGCGGCCCAGCGCAGCGCCUUCCAGGAUGAGCUACAAGAAGCAGUUUUUGCUCGUGCAGCAAGACAGCAAACAGCUGACUACUCAGAUGACUUUGACACCGAUGAAGAUGACAUGUUAAGCAGUACCGUGGAAGAACUUCCUGAAAGUAUAUCAGCUGUUGAAAAUUCACUUAAGAAGUCAGUUGAUUUUGAGGUUUCUUUCUCAGAUGAGGAGACCCCACAGAAAGUAAACCCUUUGAAAAAGGAAACUGCUGAUGGCUUCUUUCCAACAACUGAUGAAGAGAAACCUCAACAAGUGAUCAUUGUGGAAAGUCAAAAUUUGAGUGAUUACAAAGAUGAAAAUGUAUAUUUGCAAAGUCAGAACGUGGGUGAUGAUGACAGAGAAGAUGAUAAAAAGUUUUCAGUCACUGAAGAAAUUACUUAUGAUGGCAAAGAAGGUGACCAUCAGAAUGAGUUGCCUGUGGCUGAGCUGCAGAAUAAAAGGGAAUCAGUUAUUCAAAAAGAAGAGGAAAACAAACCAGUACCAAAACCAAGAGAGCACAGAAUAAAAAAUGCAUCAUUUUCAGCUGAGAAUAUCAGCAUUCAUCUACUGGAAGAUCAUUGUAAACCAUCACCUCAACCAAGAAGUGUGUUAAGAAGGAGCAGCCCUGUGAAAGAUAAAGAUAGCACAAGAGCAGAAGAUAAAACAACUUCUACUGUUAGGUUAUCUUCAUUUUCUGCACCAUCCUCCCUCACUAGGUUGAAUGACCUAAUAACAUCUGAGAGAAGAGUACUUUCUGAAUGCCCUAGUCCUGAGGGUCCGUGGCUAACAAGCUCUUCACCAUCAUUACGUAUUAAUUUUCCUUCAACUGAUGAGAAACCUGGAGAUUCUAAUUUGUUGAUGUGUGGAGAAGGAUCUCUCCCUAAAGACCAUGUUGAGACAGAAGACAAGUGCAAUGAUUUGGCAUUAGAAGAUAAUGGGAGAAAAUCCCCCUCUGUGAUCGAACUAAUGAUGACUACAGUGUAUGAAAAAACUAAAAAAUUACACAAAUCAAAUGAUGACUCUCCUGAAGAAAAUUUGCAAACCCUGGAAAAGCAAAUGAUUACCGAUGGCAUAAAGGAGGUAUCACUGAAUGAUAAACCUGAAUGCACGGUUGCAGCGAGUACUUCAAAGGACUCUAUCAUGAAAGAUGGUGAAGAAAAACAAGCAGUUCCACAAAAAGUGAAGCCUUCUUCAUCAGGAAGGUCCCUGACAUCUACCUAUAUGAAAAAAGCCGGGAAAGCCAUUCCUCCAUCUACAACUACGUCAUCUCAAUAUUUGGGUACAUUAAAGGUCUUGGACAAUAAACAUUUACAGAAAUAUAGUGCUGAGCUUGACAAAGCAGAUCACUUACGGGCAGCUGUUUAUCAGGAUUGGUUGGAGAAGAAAAGAGUCUUUCUACUGGAACUACAGAGAAUUAAAAGGAACAAAACUGAAGACUUAAGGAGCAAAAUCGAAAAGGAAGAAGCUGCUAAGAAAGAGGAAGCAAUUGCAUCAUUUGAAGCCUGGAAGGCAAUGAAAAAAAGAGAAGCAAAGAAACUAGCUGAAAAAAAGAAGCUUGAGGAGCUGAAAAAAAGAAGAGCAGCAGAACAGAAUGAGGAGAAAAAAGAAGAAGCCCAAAAGGCAUUUGAAAAAUGGAAAGAAAAGAAAGCAGAAUAUCUGAGAGAGCGAAGUAGAAAAGAAAAACAAGCUGAACAAAUCAGGAAGAAGAAAGAAGAAGAAGUUAUUGCAGAAAAGAAGAGAGAGAGCGUGUCUGCAGUUGAAAAAUGGAAGGAGAAAAAGGAAGAAUUUAUUAAACAAAAAAACGUAGAAAAAAUCCAUGAGAAGAAAAACGAAGAAAUUCAGCAGGCUGAGAGGGAAGAAAAGGAUAAAAGGGCUAUUGAGGAAUAUGAAAGAUGGCUGGAAAGGAAAGAGAGAAGGGAACUGAUUGAGAAAAAGCAAAAGAAGCUCCAAGUUAUUCUUGAAGAUGAAACCCCUCCUCCUUGGAGCCCACCUGGCAAAGUUACAUCUACAAGGAGUUACUGAUAAGGCCACCACCUUCCGUGAGGAAAGUUCAUGUCCAAAGCUCUGACAUUGUGUAAACAUUAUUCCACAACACCUGAUUUUAAAUUGAAUCAACAUCGGCUACUGCAUCCUUUCUUUUUAGGUUGAAUUUAGUCUCUUUUGUGGAACACCUAAGUGCACAUCCUAAGUAGAUCAGUUGUUCUUUUUCAUUGUAUUUCACCAGUUAUUUCAGAGUUAAUUUUUUUGUUAGCCUU